AUGGGUGCCAUGAAAGAGCUAAGGUAUCCGGCUCACUUCCUUGAAGAGGCAAUCGAUUAUACUAAUCAGUCAAACGAUAGGACCCCAUCCGGUUUCGAGCAUGCUUUUUACGAGUACAUUCGCAAUCUACCGGAAAAGAAGAGCAAGAGGUCAAUGCUGGCUCGUCUUGAUCUCAAUAACCCUCCAACGCCGGAAGACAUACAGGAAUCUCUUCGCCAAAUAGAGACGAGACAUGCCCAGAAGCCGUCCAUAAAAAUCAUGAAGAGAGUUCUAGGCCCGGUUGUCGCGGUACUGAAGGACUAUUACGGCGUCGUCGACACCCUGUCGCAGGCCGAUCCGACACCGGGAUGCGUCCUCUGGGGUGUUUUGAAGGUCGCGAUCGAUGGUUUGAGUCGCUUCAUUGACCUCAUCGACAAGAUCAAGGCCGAAGUGCUGUCCCUAUCAGCGCAGCUGCGGCGAUUAACUUUAUACGAUGAGCUCUACGGCCAGUCUCUGGACAUGCAGGAGCUCUUGUUCAGCUCGUACAAGAAUGUCUUCAGGUUCUGGUCCAGAGUGGAUAAGGAGUGCAGCCGGUGCGGUCUCAAUGCCUUGUUGCGAGCAUCUACAUCUUUCAGUAUAAAGAAAUUGCAGGACAUUGUCGAUGACUUGAAAGAAGAUGCCGACCAGAUUGACAAGGUUGCGGCGAUAAUAGAAGGGCAGUACGCCGGGACAGAACGCAUGGAGGCUAGCCUUGAGAGAUGCGAAAAUAGAAAAGAGCGAGAUGAUGGGUCUGCUUGGAGAAGGCAAAUGCAGAGUGACCGCAUUCGGUCCUGGCUUGGCGGUCAAACCAUCAACGAAUCCACCUUACAUAGGCACCGCAAUAACCUCGAUGUCAACCGGCACGCAACCGGAUCUCCGACAUGUGAGUGGCUCUUCGAGGACUCGCACUUCCAAGACUGGAUCAAAGGGACAUCUUCUAAGCCAAUUCUUUGGCUAUUUGCCGGGCCUGGUUCCGGCAAGAGCGUGUUGUGUUCCCAUGCCAUCGAAUACGUAAGAAAUCUGGGCGACACCCAAGCUCAGUGUCUUCAUUUCUAUGAAUUCGACAACGAGCAUACAGCCAUCGUCACCGCCCGAAACCUGGCCACUCAACUUUUCGAACGUUACUGGCUCCUGAAUCAAGAUGUUCCGGAAGAUUUACAGAUAACGUCCCAAAAGAGUAGUGCGGAUUUGAUCAACGUGUUCGAGUUCAUGCGGAUUCUCGUUGGUAAGCUCCCUAAAGUCUACAUCUUCCUCGAUGGCCUAGAUGAGGAGUGCACUGUGGCUAGAUGGAAAGAAGCUAGUAAGAUCGUGGAGUUUGUCAAUCUUUUAGCGGAGACUUCCGCAAAGACCGUACGAGUCUGGUAUAGUUCCCAAGACAGGCCUAUCAUCCGGCAAUACCUAGAGAGUCAUCUGGUUCUGAAUGUUAAAGAGCAAAUCAGGGUCGCAGUCGACGAGCACAUUUCCCUAAAGGUACCAGGAAUCUGCAAUCCCGAGGUAGACCAGGAUACCCGAACGUGGAUACUGAGCGAGCUGAAGCAACGUGCCGAUGGAAAUUUCCUUUGGGCAACUCUGAUGCUGAAGACCAUCGAGAACGAGGUGAGCAGCUUCGACGAGAUGGAGUUGUUCAUCAAGGAAGGUCUGCCAAAAGAUCUCGAUGCGUACUACAGACGUAUCAUUGCUCGAUAUGAAAAGCGGGAGCGGGAGCUGGCCAGCAAAAUCUUCUCUUUGAUUACGUUCGCUAGGCGGCGUCUUCGGUUGACCGAAUUAAGAGAAGCUAUCGGUAUAAUUUCUUCAGAGAAUCCUAGGUCAUUGCAGAAUCGCAACAUUCCCUGGCGACAGGCUGUCGAGAAGAUUUUUGCACCACUCAUUGAAACGCAAUCAGACCCUGAGAACCAAGGAGAGCGUUUCUGCUUUCUCUUCCACAGCACAGUCAGGGACUUCCUGAUACGCAAUCAGAGUAUCUUCCAGCAAGAAUCGCCAAGCCCCACCAUACACUCAAUAUCUGAGCUCACAAUCGCUAACGCAUGUCUUCUCUACUUAUCGCAGAACAAAUAUGCGCAACUUCUGACGAGAGAUGCGGGACAAUGGUUGACGACCUUCAAAGAUAACAUAAAAGACCAUCAUCUGGUUACCUAUUCCGCGAAGUACUGGGACAAGCAUUUUGACCACGUCGAAGAGACAGCGGAGCUUCGUCAAAAGAUUGAAGACUUCCUCACAUCCUCGAACUUCCAAUCGACGAUCCAACUUCAAAGCCUUUUCGUCCAGGGCCAUUUUGACCUCUAUACUACCAGUUGCUGCUCUCCCAAUCACAAGUUCACCAAGCGUGUCUUCCCAAAAUGGUUCGCAAGCCACGACUCGGACGGCUACUCCCAGUUCGCCAAGAACUAUCGAAGCUACAUAAGCGAAUGGCACAAUCUGCUCGACUGCGCAAAUUGCGAGGAACCGCGCUGCUACCCUCAUUCGGCCGUAAAGCAGCUUGCAGGGGAGCUCGACCGCUGUCUAUGGGGCGCACUAGGUCCUCGAAACUUCCUCUCGCGGAACUCUGGCCGGUACACCAGCUUCAUGUUGUGGGAUGAAGGCGACGGUGGAUCAGGGAAAAUGCCAUAUCAUGAGGCCAUAUCUCAGAAUGGUAGCAAACUUGUUGUAUUCCAGCCGUCAGGCGAACCCGCAGAUGCAGCAGACUUCACCUUCCAUCACAAGACUUGGAACUUGCCUGACCGAGAAGUACCCGCACUACUCGAAGUUAAUACCACUAUCUCAGCAAGCCUCGAUCAAAAAAGGUGGGCCGAUGCUGACUUAAAAUCAAUAUCCUUCACCCCCGACCUUCAUUUUCUGCGGAUCGGAUCUCAGAUGUUUUCUGUGAACAGCGGAGGCGAGUACCACGCAAUUGAUGGCUUGGACAUAGUAUUUGAACAUCCAAAUGCCUGCUUUGAAGACAUCACAAGCCGAGAUUCGCUUCUAAUUGUAGCGUCAAGACGAAAGAUGCCAGCGAGCACGGAACCUCGUGGUCGUGCGGCGGCUAAAGCGGACCAACCAACGGUGAAAGCACUCGAAAGUACAGGCAACCCACUCACAGACAAGAGUUUUGGCAAGGAUCUGAGCGCCACACAGUGCCGGCAUUGCUCGCGCGAACCUUCUAAAAGCAACCACGCUUCGGACACCUCUCCUGCAAAAGGAAAAGAUUCCAGCGAAAAGGAAGAGAAUGACAGUGACGCGUCCAAUCCUUCGGAAGAGAUAUCAGGAUGGAAUUCGGCCGAAGAGAGCUGGAGCGAGGGAUCUACCGAGAUCGAUGAGCUAGGCAACCCCUUGACCUCAUCAGAUGAGUCUAGCUCCAAUUCCAGCGAAGCGGAUGUAGACACCGACGAGGAAAGUGAGACCCCAAAAGAUGACGCCGCUUCUGACACUGCUGUCAAUAGCUAUGGUCAAUUAUACGAAGAAUCCGACAGCGACGGUGGAGACGUUGAUUUUGACUGCGGAUCUGAAGAAGAGUCUUAUGACGGAGAUUAUGAAUCUGACUGGAGCAGCGACAACAAUCAGGAGGAAGACCUUCACUUUGAUAGCGAUGACGAAGAGAGGCUAGUCAGGCGUAUGGCGUAUUCGAGACAGGACAGGAAACGUGAUGCCAAGGUACAACAAGGCGUACUCACAGUUUAUGACCUUGCUACCGCUCCACCAACCCAGAUUUUCACCUUUACGCAUCAGCUGCCUGUCAUGCUCUACGAUUCUCCGCCGGCGAUCCAUCCGAAAAAGCCGCUCGUGGUAUGGCCGCUCUAUGGAGGCGAUGUUCUAUUCGCAGACCUUGAAGGAAAGUCUUACUUCAUCAGGAGAGCCAGAACCACAACGCGCAAAACCCGCCACGUCUUUAUGAAAUUCCACUUCUCCCCCUGUUGCAAAUACCUGCACAUCGCCUCCCUUGAAGCGCAACAAAUGAAGCAAUCCAGAUCUGAAAUAAAAGCUGGCACCAAACCACAUCUGGCCCUCUCCGCCUUUAUCUCCACCCACCGACUUUCAACCCGGAAAACAACCCGAAGCCCGCCAACCCUCAUCCACCGCGUCAAGACCGUUCUUGGAAGCACCACCUCUCUCUGCCCUACCAGAAUGCCUGUCGAAGUGACCUGGGCUGAGAAGGAAGUCUAUCUCUCCAGCAGCAGCGAUUCAAACCAACUCACGGUAGUGCGCGUCGACCUAUUCCCACCAGCCCCGGAUGUUCCAACUGCCGAAUACAACGCCGUCUCCGUCCCCAGACUCCCGAUCCUCCUCCCCGAAUCAGCUCGCUCUCGCUCAGUGCACUACUACCCACCCCAACCUAACACCACCCACGCGCUCAUCAUUAUAGGAAGCUGGGCGUGUAAUCCAGACACUGAUGACGACAAGAACAAUACCACACCUGAAGAUGCUCCGAACGAACACGACACCAUUCAAGGUCUCCCCGACACUGUCUCCCCGCCCAUCGGGUUUUAUGUAGACGUGGAGAAAGAUCUAGGGGGAUGGGGCGCCAGCAAUGCGGAAGAGGUGAUCGAUAAGGAUAAGGAUAAAGGUCAGUUGAAGCAGAAGAUGGAGAUCUUCGCUGGGGAGGACGAUUGCGAUCUCGAGCAUUAUUUCUUCACGAGGAGACGAUAA